CGGAAGGAGGUACACGCGGGUCGUAGAGUCUUGAAUGUUUAUUUUCUGCUUAUUUAUGUGCAUCCAUGUGUUUAUUUCUAUCAUGUUGUAUCAUCCAUAUUGUUUCAAUGUUAGAUGGCAACAUUUACGUUCAAUCACGCCUUUUAGCUGGAAAAUAUGACGCAUUCAAUCAUCUUGCGAAAACUCUCCGCCAUUCCUCAUGACGUAACCCAUCUAGCGUCGUGUGAAGGUUUUUGUGAAAAUUGUACUCAGGACGGUGGUGUAUAUUUGUUCGCAAUAAUGAAGACUCCAAUAUAUGUAUUAUUUCUUAUAAUUAAGUGAUGAACAAGUGUACUAGUGUUAUUUUAAUUAUAUUAGUAGAAUGUUAAAGACGUGUAAGGAGUAAUUUACAAUUAUUACAAUGUCCUAAAGAAAGAAAACCAUGGAUUCAGUCCGAGCAUUCAACGCAGAGCUGUCAGCUCUGUAUGAGGUGAAACCACCUAUAUCAAAAGCCAAAAUGACCAGCAUAACUAAGGGAGCUAUCAAAGCCAUAAAAUUCUACAAACAUGUUGUUCAAAGUGUUGAAAAAUUCAUUCAGAAGUGCCGGCCUGAGUAUAAGGUUCCUGGACUAUAUGUUAUUGAUUCAAUUGUUCGGCAGUCGAGGCAUCAGUUUGGAGCUGACAAAGAUGUUUUUGCUCCCAGAUUUGCAAAAAAUCUGCAAAAUACUUUUGUACAUCUUUUCAAGUGCCCACCAGAAGAAAAGAGCAAGAUUGUCAGGGUGCUGAAUUUGUGGCAGAAGAACUCAGUUUUCCAAUCUGAGGUUAUACAACCUCUUUUUGAUCUUGCGGAUCCAAAUCAUCCGAUACACAAGGAGCAGGCGCAAGUAAACACCCCAAAUAAUGGCUCAAUAACAACUAUGAAUAAUGUUGGGAAAACACCACCUCAGUUAAACAGAACACCAAACAAGACUCCUUCAUCAAAUAAUAAAUCAACUGAUAGCAGCACACCUUUGUGGACAUCUCAAAGUGAUUCAAGCAACAGUUCUUCACUUCAAGUUUCAAACCAAGCUGUUGACACUGCAAGUUUGAAUAGCAAUCAGGUGUGUGCAGAAGUGGUCUCUGGCAAUGGAGCAUGUGACCCGGCUCUUAUACGACAGCUACAACACUUACAGUUGUUACUGCUACAACAACAACAGCAGCAGCAGCAGCAGCAGCAGCAGCAGCAGGAGUCUGGUUCUCGAUCUCAAACUGAUCAGCAGCUGGUACAACAGCAGACACAGCAGCUGCCCAUACAUCAAAUACAACAGUCACAGCAACAGCAGCAGCAGUUGCUGCAGCAACAGCCACAACCACAGUUACAGCUGCAGCAACAGCCACAGCUACAGCCACAGCAACAGCAGCAGCAACAGCAGCAGCAGCAACAACAGCAGCCACAGCAGCAGCAACCACAAAUACAGUCUCCAUUGUCUCAACAAGUACAGCAACAGAAUCAGCAGCACCAAACAACAGUGCAGUCAGUUGAAAUGCAGGCUGUGCAAGUGCCGCAGCAGACACAGGCUCAGUCUCAAACUCAAGCUCAGACUCACACAAUAUUAUCUGCCGUUACUUCACAGCCAUCAGCUACUGGACUUGACAGCAUUUUAUCAAACCCAGAACUAAUACGGCAGCUUCAGAACAUACAACAGCAGAUAUCACUCCAACCAGUCAAUCAAGAAUCUGAGGAUAACCUAAGGAAGUUACAAGAAAUGAAACAGCAAGAAGAGGAAUUUGACAAGCAUUUGAAUCAAACAGUGCAGAGCCACCCCUUCACUUCAGACUGUGAUCCUAGAACGGCAGGUGACAUUAAAACCACUACUCCGACUCCUUUUGAAAAAGUUGAAAUAGAACAGCACAAACCUGCAUACACAUAUCCAGUUCUCAACAUGUCUCAUCCUCCACCAGGAUUCAUAUCAGAAACCAGUAAUGCUGCAACAACUGAUAGUCACAAAAGUCCACUGGAAGAUGGUGAACAUGCUGAUUCUGAAGUGGAGUUUGUUGACAGAACUGUGCAACAGGAGAAUGGGAACUCAGUGGAAAUAAUAAACCUCGAUCGCAGCAGAUCUGGCAGUCCAUCAGUCAACUCAAAGAACUACAGGCGUAGGCACAGUCGUUCUCGGUCACGAGAUCGUCGCCAUGGUAGAAGAUCCAGGUCGAAAUCAUCCGACAACAGAGCACGAUCACAGUCGAGGCAAAGGAGGAGAAGGUCAAGGUCACGAGACAAAGAACGUGAUCGAGAGAAGGACAAAGAACGAGAGAGGGAACGAGAGAAGGAGAGGGAGAGAAGAAAAAAAGGUCUGCCACCAUGUAAGAAAGAACAUUUGAGUGUUUGUAGCACAACUCUUUGGGUUGGACAUUUGUCAAAGUUGGUUCAUCAGGAAGAAUUAUCAGACACCUUUGGAGAAUAUGGUGAUAUAGUAUCAAUAGAUUUGAUACCACCUCGAGGUUGUGCCUUCAUAUGCAUGAAUCGACGACAGGAUGCUUUUAGAGCACUACAAAAACUAAAAAAUCACAAACUACAAGGAAAGGCUAUUACACUUGCGUGGGCCCCAGGUAAAGGAGUGAAGGGGAAAGAGUGGAAGGAUUACUGGGAAGUUGAUUUAGGAGUAUCUUACAUUCCUUGGGAUAAGCUCACUCAAGCAGCAGAUUUAGAUGCUUUAGAAGAAGGUGGCAUGAUUGAUGAAGAAACUGUGCCUGAUUUUCUGAAAGCUCAGACUCAGCAACAGCAGCCGCCGCCGCCACCACCGCCACCGCCACCUCCCCCGCCACCUGGGCCGCAGCAGCAGCAAGAACAGCAGACCACCGCAUCAGACCCAGCAGUAUCUUCAGCUCUGUCUCCAGCUCCAACCCCAGCUCCAGCCCCAGCCCCAGCUCCAGCAGCUUAUAUUCCGCUACCAGAUGGAAUUCCUGUACCGAGCACAGCUGCCCAAAAUGUUGACACCUCCCAGCCACCUCCACUGCGAACUGCUGAUAUAACUGGUGUAACAGCUCCAGCUGGAGUUCCUGGGCUGCCUGCACAAAUUCCUACUGCUGUUCCUCCACCCUCUGGACCUCCAGUGCCCAUUGUAACACCGUUUGGGAUUCCUAAUGUGCCUCCACCCAUUAGCAUGACAAUGGGACAUGGUAUUAUGCCUAGUGUGCCAAUUGGAGUACCACCACCAGGUAUGCAGAGUUUGCUGAUGCCUGGGAAUCAGAUGGUCCACCACCAGCAGAUGAUGGGUGGGGUACCUCAACCAGUGAACUCCCCAUUUACUUCAACUGCUGGUGGCCCAGUGGGAAUGAUGACAGGCCCAGUGCAUGGACAGCUUUCACAGAUCCCAUUGCCUGCACCUGCUGCUCCACAGGAUAAAACAGCAACUGGUCUUCCACAUGCUACUCCUCCUGCUCCUGUUGGAGUUCCACCUCCCACAUCGGAGGCAAACCUUCCAGGCAUUAGUGAAGCUUUGCUCAGAGUUCCUUUUGGAGUACCUGCACAGAUGCAACAACUAGCAGGUGUUCAGGUGCCUAGAAUUAGCCGUGAUGACACUUCCAACAUGGAUAUGGAUAUGGAAGAUAUUGAUGGUAAAGCAAACAGUUCUGCAGACUCAUCAUCCAGGGUUGCUGGUCAAAUUCUUGCAGGUGUUGGCCAUGGAAUGUCACCAUUUUCGGCACCUCCGCCAAAUCACAUGGGCCCAUUGUCACACCAUCAGAACUCUGGUCAACAUCUUGGUGAUCAUAAUAGUCGUCAGAAUAAUUCAGUGCUUGUAAAUGAGUUGGAUUCCCUGAAAGAGGGCAGUGGGGAUUAUCCAGGACAGGUUCGCGGCAGAGAAAGGAACCGUGACAGAGACAGAGAUAGGGAAAGAGAUAUAAGGGACCGUGAACGUGAUCGAGAUCGUGAUAGAGACAGAGGUCGUGACAGAAAUCGUGAUCGUGAUAGAGACCGUGAUCGUGAACGUGACAGGGAUCGAGAUCGUGGCAGUAGAUGGAGUGACAGAGAUAGGGAUAGAAGAGAUCGUGACCGUGAUCGUGAUAGGGAUCGAGACAGGCCAGAUAGGAAAGAUCCGUCAGCUCCUGAUACACCUUCUACACCAUGGUCAGAAAGAGGAGAGAAACCAAGUCUUCUGGAACGCCUAAGGAGCCUAGCAAAUGAUGGAAUUGCAACUUGUAACAAAGAGGAAGCCAGGCAUGGUUUCAACAUAAGAGAGGGUAAAGCAACACAAGAAAGAACAUCUGCUGAAAGAGAACGGCCUAAGGAUCGUGAGAGGGACCGUAAUCGUGGUCGGGACCGCGAUAGAGAAAAGGAGCGUGAACCAGAUCGUGAACGCAGUCGAGACAGGGAACGUGAUCGGGAUCGAGACCGUGAACGUGAUCUUGACCGGGAUCGAGAAAGGGAUGCUACUGGACCACCAGUGUUUCCUGGUCCUAGAAGUGACUUCAGGCCUCCAGGUCCUGAUGGGUUUAUUCCUCCAGGACAAAUGGGUUUUAGGCCACCAGGUCCAGGACAGUUUUUAGCAAGAGGGGUUACUGAACCGUUGCCACCAGGACAUGAGAGAGAGAAUUUUGAUCCUAGGGGACCACCACCUCAUGAGAUGUUUGAAGGUCGACAGAGACCUGAUGACUUUGUACAGAACAGGGAAGACUUUGAUCAUAGAAGAGGUCAUGAAGAUUUUCCUCCAAGGGGGCCACACCAUGCAGAAGAUUUCAAUAUGUCUUUGAGAACAGACGAUUUUGAACGCCGAGGGCCUUCCCGUGGACCGCCUGUUGAAGAGUUUGAACCGAGAGGCCCAUAUCCUGAUGACUUUGGCCGUGUGCGAGGUCCUAGACCUGACAUGUUUCCACCUCGAGGCCCAGAAAUGUUUGGACCAAGAGGAAUGAUGGGCCCCAGAGGUCCAAUGCGACCUGAAGGCUUUGGACCUCGUCCAAUGCUAAUGCGUGGACCUGGACCCAUGUUCCACCCAAGAGGACCACCUCAUCCAAUGGCAAUGAGAGGAAUGGGACCAGGACCAGGACCGGGGCCAGGACCAGGGCCUGGUCCAAGACCUGGUAUGUGGAUGGAUAAUCAGGGACCUCCUAUGUAUCCACCAAGAGGAUUCGAAGGACCUCCUGGCGAGGGCCCACCGCCAGAUGGAUUCUUUCAGAGACCACCAUUUGAUGACAUGGAGCGGCGGCAGUGGGAAGAUGGGAGGCAUGCACGGGGCCGUGGACAGGGUCCAAGAAGAGGUCCUGGAACACCUGGACCUGGAUUUGCUCCUCAUGCAGGAAACCGUAGACGUGAGGAGGAGUCACCACUACUUCAGAGUCCAGCAAAGCGUGCAAAAGCUGAGGAUUUGCCAUCUGCAGAAAAAUGUAAGGAGGAGAAGGUAUUUAGAAAAUCAGAAAGGGAUCGUAAUAGGCGGUCCCGGUGGAGUAGUGCUUCUCCUAAAGAAGACAAGUUUGAGGAAGUUAGUGUGGAAAAUAAUAGUGACACUACGUUUAAAAGGUCAGGGGCAGUAGAUGAAACAUCACUGUGUUCUAUAAAAUCUGAAGAGCACCGUGAACAGAAAGAAAGUGUUAAUUCUGAGAAAUGUGUGACUUCAGAGCCUGCAACAGAUCUAGACUGUGGGGAAAACACUCCUUGUCCAAGUAACAAUCAGUCGGACCACCAAAAGCAAGUCAUGGAUAAUGAAUCACAUGUAAGUUCCCAAGGUGAACCAGGAAAUGAUCAAGAGUCAUCUACUGCAGUGAAUUUUGAUAAUACCACAGAAGUGAGUUUUUCUGGUGCCAGAGAAAAGAAUUUUGGUGACACCUCCAAAGUGUUUCUCAGCACAGAACUGUCUCAUACAGAUACUACCGAAGUCAAUUUCCCUGACGGAAUUGAAAUGAUUCACACCAAUGAAGUGAUUCAUACUGACACCAGUCAGAUUAAUUCUCCUGUCGCCUCUGAACUAGUUCAUUCUGACACCAUUAAAGUGACUCACACUACUGAAGUAGUAUGUACUAACACCACUGAGGUGCUUCAUACUGACACAACUGAGGUAGUUCAUACCGACACCGUUAAGUUGGUUCAUACUGAGACCACUGAGGCAUAUCAUAGAGACACCACCGAUACAUUUCGUACAGAUGCCACUGGGGAAUUUCAUGAAGACACAAAUGAGGCAUUUUGUGAAGACACAAAUGAGGCAUUUUGUGAAGACACAAAUGAGGCAUUUUGUGAAGACACAAAUGAGACAUUUCGUGAAGACACCAAUGGGGCGUUUCAUGAAGACACCAAUGGGGCAUUUCAUGAAGACACCAAUGGGGCGUUUCAUGAAGACACCAAUGGGGCGUUUCAUGAAGACACCAAUGGGGCGUUUCACGAAGACACCAGUGAGGCAUUUCACGAGGACACCAAUGGGACGUUUCACGAAGACACCAAUGGGGCGUUUCAUGAAGACACCAAUGGGGCAUUUCACGAAGACACCAAUGGGGCGUUUCCUGAAGACACCAAUGGGGCAUUUCAUGAAGACAUCAGUGGGGCAUUUUGUGAAGAAACUAAUGGGGCCUUUCAUGAAGAUCCAAAUGAGGCUUUUCCUGCAGACUCUACUGGUGCAUUUCAUCCAGACUCUACUGAAGGAUUUCAUGCUGAUUCUACUGAUGAGUUUCAUGCUGAUUCUACUGAUGCUUUUCAUGCAGACUCCACUGAGGCAUUUCAGACAGAUGCCACUGAUGUAUUUCAGACAGACACCACUGAGCCGUAUCAGUCAGAUGCCACUGAUGUGUUUAAUACAGACACUACUGAUGUGUUUAAUACAGACACUGCUGAUGUGUUUAGUACAGACACCAAUGAAGUGUUUCAGUCAGAAUCUGCUGAUGUGUUUCGUACUGAGGCCACUGAGGUAUCUCAAACUCCAAGCACUCAACUAUCUGAUAAUGACACCACUCAAGUGUCUGAUGCUGAUGUCACUCAAGCGUCUCAUAGUGAUGAAACUUCAGCAUAAUAAGCUACAUAUUUACAAAUAUUUUGAUACAUUUCUCUUACCCUGCAAAAUUUUUUGAAACACUCUUAUUUUCAGAUAUUCCUCUUCCUCAACUACUAAAUGUGAAUGAUGUUUUAGUCUCAAGACUAAUUCACAGAAACAUGGGGAAUGAAAACUGAUAAAAGUGUUUAACUGAGUAAUAAUGCACAGGUAGUCUCCGACUUACUGAUGCCCAAUCAUUCAGUAUUUUUAAGAAUCAGAUUACUGUAAAUUGGGUUAUAGGUCACUCCUUAUUGCUUACGAUAGUUAUUGUCUUAUGUUAACAAUGUCUCUUUUUGGUCACCAAUCACAAGGUUGAUUCUUGUCACUUAUCAGCUAUUCGCUUCAUUUCUGUAUAACUGUUGCACCUCAUGUCAUUAAUGGUUUGCCUUUUGCACUCAUAUCUAAACCUGCCUGUGAGAUUCUUUCCCCCUUCUGUUCCUUCAACUAUGGUUUUUAGAAACAACAAAUUUUGUGAUGUGUGCCAGCCAUCCUAUUUCUCUGUUUCAUUAUGCUCUUUUGUAUAAUUUUUUCCUGUUGACUCAUUGCAAUAUGUUCCAUUUUAUAAAAAUCAUUCGAAAGGAAAUGUAAUGCAUUUGCUUAGUCUCUGUUUCUGUUGCCUCCAAAAUAGAAAUCUCAAUCUUGUCAUCCUAUGAAUGAAGAUGUUUUGCUGUAUCAGUCACAGAUUUUGUUUACUUUUUUAAAGGUAUUACGCAUUUAAAAAACGGUCCACAUUGUCAGGUGUCCUUACAGUUAGUUGCAUUUACGUGAUAGUUCUCUGUAUUUAAAUUCAGUUAAUUUCAUCAAAAAGUUGGUGCUGCUCACUAGGAGCACUUCCUGUGAAUGUGUCAAUGGUAAUUUUGUAAUUGCAGUAUCUUCUUUUACACAACCCUCUCUAACAAAAGAAUACAAUGCUUGCAUGUAAACUUUUGUGGCUCAAUGGCAAAGCAUGUUAAUAAUCCCAUGUUUACAUUCUCGUGUCACUUUUUCGGAAAUGUUUCAAGUGAAAUAAGUCAAUUCCAUGUUCAAAAAAGAAGUAGGACACGUGCAGACCCAAUUUAUUUAUUUAUUUUGUUUUUCACUAGAAAACAAUUGUGAAUGCUCUAAUUGUCAAUUAAUUUUUUCCUAAGGACUGCAAUGUGACUUUCUUUGUAAAAAGGAAUCAAAUACAACGUGAUAUAAGUAAAAGAAGGUAAACACACAGUGUCAUUCAAAAAUUUAUUAUGUUGCUCCUAAUAUAUAACAGUGAACAGUUGUGUUCUUGUUCAGCUGUAAUUUCAUUUUCCCCAGUCAUCAUGACUCAUUGUGCCCUUUCCCCUUUCAGAUCUUUUUUUCAUUGAAGAUUUCAACUUAGAGCAUAAAAUGACUUUUUUCUGACAUGAUGACGUAAAGCUUGCACUUUUCCUUCAGAUCUACAAAUUAUACCUAGGAACCCAUAAUUUCAUACGUAUUUCAGUUACAGUAUUUCAAGAGAUAUUUUGAUUAGAUAUAUGUUGUCACAUUUUAUCAUAGCUUAGGCCUGUAUUAGGUUGAAGACUUCCUGUGCAGUUAAAUGUGUGAGCACCCCAUGGUGUUUGUGUGACACACAUUUGUUAUAUCUGUGUUUUUCUUGUGUAAUGUAAAGGAGUACUUGCUGAGGAGAUUGGAACAAAUAUUUUAAAAUAUUGUGUACUAAUAAUUUUUGUAUGUUUUGCUAAUUUGUUGCUCCUUUAAUAGUGUUUCUGUGUUGAAAUGUGCACGUCCAUCUUGUUUUGAUUGAUGAAUGUAAUGGUGAAAUACUAUUAAUUUACCAUAUUUGCAGUUAAAAUUAAUUAUGUUGUUAAGUCUUAUAAUAGAAUUAUAAGUACAAGGUGCACGAAAAUUGCCAUCCUUAAAAGACUGUUUUUAGGCAUGCAAGUGAACACAGGACAAUUUUUGAAUAAAGACAAAGAAAUUUUUAUCUGUGAUAUAUACAAGCAACUCUUGUGGAGUUAGUUAUUUUUUAGAAUAACCACAUUGGUUUAUGAUCAAGUUUUUAUUCAUAGUGUUUUAUGAAAAUGUUGUUUUAUUAAAAGUUUUCAUUUCCAAACUGUUCUGAGUAGUUACAAAAUGGCUGGUUUUCAACAUGCUUUCUUUCCACAUAGCAUCUGAGAAUCUGAACUAUUUUUAUUAUUGACACAAUGUGUUCCCUCAAUAGAAAGACAAAAUGUUGGGAGUGAUAUGUUAUAUAAAUAAUAAACCUCAUUCAUUUCCCUCCCUUUGUUCAUCCAGAAGCUUUUUCCUUAUUUAAAAGUUUUUAAUGUCAUCAUUAGUUGGGACCCUUUCUUUUAAUUGUUCAGUUGACAUUAUAAAUUUCACUGUCGUGUAGGUCAGGCUUCCCAAUUCAUGUCAGUGUUCGGGAAUGUAUAAUGAAAACAAUGAGUACAAUAUUUACAAAUCUAUUUGUACAUACCCAUUUCUAAUUCAUUACAAGUUAUGAUGUUAUGUAUCAAUUUCGCAAUAAAGCCAGCAGCAUUUUCUGCAAAAGUGUAAAUAAUUCUGUGUGUGCUAGGAGUGUUAUUUUAAAAAGUGAGAGUGGUCCAUAAAGUGUAACGAAUGAAGUAGAAUAACCAUAUAGAAAAUAUCUCUUUAUUUUUGUAAUAAUUUCUCAUCUCUGCUUUCUACUGAACACCAAACAAGACAUGCAGUGUUGUGCAAGCACUUGGGAAUGCUCUUGCUUUUCUUGUUAUUCCAUUAUUGGGAACCUCAAUGACAUUACAAACCUUGAAUUUCUCUUUCACUAUGCUUAAAUUCUCUUAAAAGUGACUGAAAGACUUCGCAAAUUUCACAGUUGUAUAUGGCUGUGGUGAUGUAUCUACUGUAGCAUAAAAAUUACAUUUUCAUGCGAUGUCGCCCAAAAUAGUUUCCAUUCAGUUGUAAAUCAUAUCUACAUAUGUAUGAAAUUUUGCUUUACUUUUCAUGGCUGGUAAAGUGGUGAAGUCUUGGUAUAACAUUGGACUCGUAUUAAUCAUUGCCUUAGUUAAUGCAUACAUAAAAACAGCAGCUGAAAAACAGGAACAGAGUGCCAAUAAGUAGUAUGAUACCCAUUUAUCUUCAGAAAAAGCCGGAGACAGAUUUAGCUGUAAAAUGUUACAUGUAGUUCAGUGAUUUCUCAUCUGUCAUCAGAUAUACUCUAGUGUUACUGUAACACAUGAAAAACCUGUGUAUCAUCUGCAAAAGUCUUCUGUUUUUAAAUCUCUCCAUGAAGACAAAAUCAUUUCUGAACUACAACUAAUGGUGUACACUAGAUCAUUAAUAUACUUGUCUGCUAUUUUACUGCCCCUAUCCUCAGCUCUUGGAAAUGAUGAUGAUACAUAUAGAAAGUUUUUUUUUUUUGUGCUCAAUCCUCAUUUCAUUUUACCUGGUUGUUUCUUUUCAAAAUAUUGGCUGCAACAGUAGAAAAUGUUCUCCACAAUCCUAAUUCAGCUUAACAUUAGUAAUAUGCACACUAUAUUUCUUUUAAUUUUUUAGAUGACAGUAUCAUGUGCUCUAGUAUUCUAGUCUCUUGGGUGGAGUGAGAGUUCUGAUAUUUUACAUUAAAUAGCUUUUACUAGGUGUAAUUCUAGGUCAGACUCUGAUAAAAAAUAACUUCAUAAUCUUUGCAGUAUCAUAUUUACACAACUUCAGAUAAAAAUCCAAUGUUUUUGUGCCUUUCUAUUUGUUCUGAGCCUAAAAAACUGUUUUAUUUUUACACUUCACUAUUAUGAUGUUUUGACCACCAUUUGCAACCCAGAAUUUCUUUGUUUUAUGUAAAUGGUGAUGGUGGGAGAAAGGGGGUGGAUAUACACUUCAUUUCUGAGUGUACACCCAUUGUUGGGUACUUUUUUUUGUGUUCCAGUUUUAUUCAUCUCAUCUUUUUAUUUUCCACUGGUAGGAAAUGCACAAGUGACACCUGUUUCAAGAACUAUAGCUUGACCAUUGACACUGUUAUGUUACUGCCAAUCUUGACAACACUGCUUGGUGAUGGCACUUUUCUUAGGAUAGUUAAGUAUUUAGGGCAUUACAAAAUAUUUAUUUUGAUACUGAAUAUAAAAGGUUCAAAAAAAUAAAACAGUUGUUUGAGUGCACUAGAGAUAGACUUGUACCAAAAACAUUGUUUUACUGAAGUUGGAGGCCAAUGAUAAGCAUCUGUGCAAUUGGGUUUACAAUUUAUAUAAAGAAAUAGACAAAUUAGUUAUUGGUUAAGUGAAAGAAGUAGCUCUCAAUUAUUGUCUAUCAGCCCAUAACAUUUGCUACACUCAGUUGAUCAGAAUAAGAAUGGACACAAUCAGAUAAACAGAGGAGGAAAUACGUAUGUAUAAACAUUAUCUGCAGUGGGCAAUAGUGCAUUUCUCUCUCUCUCUCCCUCCCUCCCUCCC